UGUGAUAGACAUUGUAAAACACAUCAUGGUUCAAUAAUUUAAUAGUGUUUUCUUAUUAUUUUUGGGUCAUAACUCAUAACUCGUAUAACUAGAUGUAAUUUAAGUUGUUUUAACUUAAACAUGAGUACGAUUUCAAAAAAAAAAAAAAAAAAAAGAUUAGGUGUUGUUAAGGUGGUUAAUGUUGGAUGCCAAAAAUCAAAUCUUCAUAAGGGCUGUCCCAAGCCAACACCGAUGAAACAAAAAGUGGUUUAAGACACGGUUUUGUGCACAAACAGAAACAGUUCUUCCUUUCCCAUGUUACAUAAAUAAAUAUUUAGGGGAGAGUGAGUUAAGAGAGAGAGAGAAAGAGGAGCUGCCACUAAGUAAACCAGACAAAAAUUAAGUAGGAGAGAGAUGGGGAAAUUUGCCUAGAAUGGUGGAUGGAUUAUUAGUAGUAGUAAGAAAGGUCAGAGAACUCAAAACCUCAUCCAUGAAUUUCAGAAAAGCCUCUCUCAAAACCCCACUUGGCCACAAAAACAUAAAACAAUAAAGAAAGAAAGCUAGAGAAGAGAGAGAGAAAGAGAGUGAACAACAAUGUCAGAAGUUGUAGUUUAAAACUCUCAUAUUUUUGUUAUUUUUAAUUUUUUUUCCCAUCUUAGAUCUCAUCUGACAACAAUCUGAAGAUCUUCUGCCGAAAAACUCCAAGCCCUUCUCUUAUCCUUUGCUCCCCUUUGAUCACUCUGAUCUUGGACCAACUCUGGCAUUCAAGAAAUGUGUAUGUGCUUUUACAGCUAAGUUUGUUUUCUGAAAGAUUGGCACACAUGGAAGGGCCAAACAUUUGCAACCCAGAUUCAAGUUCUUGCUUGAAAAUGAUUAAACCCUGUUGGAAACCGUCUGUUGAGGGUGAUGGACCUCGUCGUAGAGGAGGAGGAGGUGAUGGUUCUGGUCGUGUUGAUGGUCUGAUGUGGUAUAAGGAUCUGGGUCACCAUGCUUACGGAGUUUUUUCAAUGGCCGUGAUCCAAGCCAAUUCGACUUUGGAAGAUCAAAGCCAACUUGAAUCUGGGUCACUGAGUUCCACAAACUCUGGUCCUCAUGGGACCUUUGUUGGAGUAUAUGAUGGUCAUGGAGGUCCUGAGGCUUCAAGAUUUGUGAAUGAGAACCUCUUCUCCAACCUUAAAAGAGUUGUAGCUGAGCAUCAAGGCGUAACGGAACAUGUUAUCAAGAAGGCUUUCUUGGCCACAGAAGAGAGUUUUCUCUCUCUUGUUGAGAGACAGUGGCAUAGCAGACCGCAAAUUGCUUCUGCUGGAACAUGUUGCUUGGUGGGAAUAAUAUGCAAUGCAACGAUGUACAUUGCAAACGUUGGAGAUUCCCGGGCAGUUUUAGGGAAAGAAGAAAGGGCAACUCACGAAGUUAGAGCUGUUCAGUUAUCAUCAGAGCACAAUGCAAGUAUUCCAUCAGUGAGAGAGGAACUUCAAGCAAUGCACCCUUAUGAUCCACAGAUUGUGGUGUUAAAACAUAAAGUUUGGCGUGUUAAGGGCCUUAUACAGGUUUCAAGAUCUAUUGGUGAUGCUUAUCUAAAGAGAACAGAAUUCAACAGGGAGCCUCUACUACCAAAAUUCAGACUUCCGGAACCUUUCUUCAAGCCAAUCCUUAGUGCAGAACCAUCAAUAACAGUUCAAAAACUCACCCGCCAAGAUAAAUUUCUCAUCUUUGCUUCGGAUGGCCUAUGGGAGCAUCUUAGCAACCAGGAGGCAGUCGACAUCGUCCACAACCACCCACGUAAUGGAAUUGCCAGGAGGCUUGUUAAAUCUGCGCUUGAAGAAGCGGCUAAGAAGAGAGAGCUGAGAUACUCGGACCUGAAAAAAAUUGACCGGGGAGUGAGACGCCAUUUUCAUGAUGAUAUUACAGUUGUAGUUGUGUUUAUAGAUCCACAUUCGAUAAACGAGAACUUCCUACACAACUCCCCAGUUUCGAUAAGGGGAGGAAACCCUGUUACUCCCACUACAUGAAAAUUAUUAGAAUACUAGAAUGAAUAUGUUUGGAAAUGUCAAGCUUCUCAUAGGGGAUUGCAUCACUUGAAAUCAAGCUACUAAUGAAUUGAACUUAUGGUUCAAUUGGAAAGCUCCCCAUAUUUUCCCAUGAUUCCUCAUCUCUACUCUUGGUUGGAAAAAGCCUGGCCUUGGCCUUGGGGCUUUAGAUUAGUUGCACCCUCCUUCCCUUCCCCCAGUGUCUUUGUAGAUAAAAACUUUUACUUCUACACAUUGUUAAACUAAGAAAUGUGUCAUUUAUUUGGCGAUAGAUAAAAUCUUUUAUUAAUGUGAAACCUCAAAUGUGAAAUGUCUUGUUAAGGUUUGAAGAUUGUUUUCAUUUAUA